AUGGUGGAUACAUUGCUGAAAACCUUCAAUCUGGGCAGGGAUGCCUGCUCCAUCUUUGAUGCUGGCAUCGGCAAAUUCGAUGUCGCAGUUGUUUGUCAUGAGGUACGUUCCGUGAAUACGCAGCCUGGGGAGACGAUUUGCAUGACGCUGGCUGAUGCUGAGCAUCGGGUUGCUGGUGAAGACUUCAUCAGCCUCAAGUCGGUUGGCAUAGCAAAGUCAUUGCAGCCCGAGAGUGUCUUAGUGAUUAAGAUCUGGGCUAUGCUGGAUACACCGCCGCUCUCAAAGCAUGCAGAGAGACGUCCUUUGGGAGAGGUUCGAAUUCCAUUCAAACACCUGGCGGAGAGCAGCAAUUGCAUGCUGUACUAUACCUGGGUGAAUCUGGAAAGCGCGGGUUUGAACGACUCUGUGGCACAUCUAGGCUAUGGUGGUGCCUUCUCAAACAGCUCAGAGGCAUUCAUGCAGAACAUCAUGAGUGGACCUCGGCAGCUAUACCAACCAAAGGCCUGUGUCUCCAUGUGCCGCAGCGAGCUGGCAGAGUCGGAUCGGAUUCUGUGGACUGUGGAUUUGCCCAGGAAGGAGCGCAUCAAUCGUUGGGGUCCACUCCUGCGAUCACAACAGCAACAUGCCAUUAUGUGUGCAGCACAACACUUGGAGGGCAGACCUUCCAAUGGCAGUGAUGUUUUGCAGCGACUCUUGCACUUGAGAGUUCGGGACUCAAAUGUAUUUGAUGCUGUGAUCUUUGAGCCUUUGCUUCCUUGA